GAAACAAAUAAACACCUUGAGAACAUUAUUGAUCUCACAAUUGAUCUCUAGCUACAAUUAAAAAUAAAAAUAAACACAAAAAAAUAUUUUUUGACGUAUGAUUUCUGUCUACAAUCUUCUAAAAAAUGUCGUUUGUGAAAUUUAAUCACAAAAAAAGAGAAGUAUCUCAUCACCCAUGGGAACGUGUGAUAAAGAGCCAUAAUCUUAAGAAUCUUAAAUAUGCUCACAAUUCAGUACAGAAUCCUGAAUACCCCAAAACAGAAAAUAAAACGCAAAUUGUAGACAGAGUAAAGUUUACCAUCAUAGGAGAUCAAGUUACAAAAGAAUUUAAUUAUUGCGUCAACAUAGCAACUGGACUAUAUAAGUACCGUUCGAAAUUAUUUGAUGCUCCAUCUAUAAGAGGAGUAACAACAGUAGAGUGGCCACAAGUUUUGAAUGAUUUGAAAAAGCAGUUUGGCGGUAUUGCUUUCUGCUUGACUAGCAGCGUAGCUAUUAUUCUGAAUGAUAAAUUUCUUGGCGGAGAAAAAGAAUUUAAAGACAUAAUAAACGCUAAAUAUUAUUAUCACAUAAUUUUGGAUUAUUACAAAGAAGGUGUCGAUCAAUUCGUAAAUUACAUUCGCAACUCUGGGAGACCUUGUGCUUAUAUGCACAUUUCAAUAGAUUCAUAUCCGAUCGGUACAUUAGUAUUUAUGCUUUAUGCGGAUAUUGUACCAAACACGAGUGUAAAUUUUCUAAGACUAUGUCAAACCACUAAAGGCGGUUAUUCCGGGACACCCGUUCACCGCAUCGUCAAAGAUUGCUGGAUACAAUGUGGUGGAUUUGGUUUGAAAAGUAUCGAUUUAGAUUGUGAAAACUUUAUUGUUCCUCAUGAUAGACGUGGCGUUUUAUGCAUGGCAAACGAUGGGAGGCACGUCGAUUGUUCCACCCAGUUUUUUGUAUUACUUCACCCAGCACCCUGGAUGGCCCAGAAAUAUGUUGCUUUCGGUCAACUUAUAGACGGAGAAUCUGUUUUACAAAAAAUUGAAUCCAUUCCUACUUGGUAUGAGUCUCCUUCAGUAGAAAUUCUCAUAUAUAAAGCUGGAGUAUUAAAUCUCGAAUGUCAGGACAUAAUAAUUAACAAAGGAACCAAUGCAUAUAUUGAUGGGCAUAUAGAAGAACUUGUUUCUUUGGGAAACCUCUUUAUUGAGGAAAUUAUGGCAAAAACAUUUUUGGAAAUAGAGCUGCGAGAGUUAGCACUUAUAGAGGAACAAGUUCGAGGAGAAGGAGAAGGAUCUGUUGAAGAAGAAAAAAAGAACAUUAGAGCUACACAAAGAUUUAUUCGCAAAAAAGAAGAAAUCGAGAAACAAAUUCAAAAAAGUCAAACCAAUCAUCCGCGACCAUCAACGGCCGUGAGUGAAACGGCAGACGAAAAUAAUGAUUUUGAUGUAGAGGUAUACGACUAUGAGCCGGAGGAACAUCAGACAACUCCCUAUAAACACAUGUCGCUGAGCACAUUGAGCGUAAAGCACCAGCCAGAGAGAUUGUAUUACAUACCUCUGACGGAUGUUCCUUACCCGGGAGAAAAGGAUUCAACUUAUAAUUUAAAGAAAUUCUUAAGAGGCGACUAUUGUCUUGAAUCCGAUUUACAAAAUGAAAUACCCAAAAAAGUAAUUGCUCCACAAGAUUCCUACAUUUCAGAUGUUUAUAAAUUUGAUGACGACUCGGACGAAGCUUCGUUAAAAUCGCUUGAAUCAGAAGAAGAGAGGGAAAUACGAAGAUAUUUAAAGCUUAACGUGGAUCGUGUCAGCUUUGCCGGCGGAGUAAUCAAGGGCAUCGCUCGAGGUGUUGGCCAGGUCAAUAUAUUCGACGGUACAAGAAAGUCAGAACUAAUAACUGAUGAAGAGCUGAGAAGGUUUAGAAUACAAUCUAUAGACCGAAGAUCGAGAGAUUACGGGGAUAAAAAAGUUUCCAUAAGCAUUCCAUGGGGUGUAAGGGAACCAAGCAAGAUAAAACGGCGUCAAACUGGCUUUGUCCGUAUGGAGGACUUGGAAAAGAUCCAUAUAAUACAAAGAAUUAGUUCACAAGACUCAAAUGAUUCAGAUAACGGAUCUUAUACAAAUGGCCGCAAGGUAAGGAUUGCACAAUCGGCGGUGGCCGCGCAGACGGGAUCCCGACCAGCCCGUCGCCCAACAGGUUUUGUUAAACCAGCACAAUUGGAAUAUUCUGACUCCGAUAUGGAAGUCAGACGACAAUCAGUACUGACUCGAUUAUAUGAGAACCUGUCGAAUGAUGAAGAUAUUGGUGGACCCACUCUAAAAGAAUACAGGCCCUUUGGGGAGACGGAACAUAAAAAUCUUCUAUUGACGUAUUCACCGAAUUCUCGCAUCAAAAGCGAUGAAAAUACACGGGAGAAAUAUUUAAGACAUUCCUUAACAGUAGAAGAAGUUUCAUAUGACAAAGUUAUGAACUUACAACACAGUAAGAAAGUGGCUCGAAAGAUAUCUUCUGAUUACGUAAAAACUAUCGACCAAAUGGAGCAAAAGGCCGAUAAUUCGAUUAGAAGCGUAGAAUACGCAAAGAAUAGGCCUUCGAUGUCAGUCUCGGCUUAUCAAGCGAAGAAUUUGAAAUAUGAACUUGAAAAGAAGAAUGCGCAAGAAACAAACGAAGGGAAAGGAUUACGAUUGCCUGGUGACACUCCAUUGUAUUCCAUGUCUGAUGCAAGUAAAUAAUACGGCCUGAUGGAAGAACUUCUAUAAAAUACCCAUGAAAUAAUUUUCAUAACAAUGUUUUCUAAUAAAUUUGAAGCUAUA